AUGGUACCACAAUUUCCCGCGCCCGAGGGACAGGCGCUGGAGGAGUCGGACGAGUUCCGCAUGUACUGCUUCAAGAUCAGGCGGUGCAGCAAGACGAGGAGCCACGACUGGACACAGUGUCCCUACGCCCACCGCGGUGAGAAGGCCCGCCGGCGAGACCCCCGCAAGUUCCCAUACCAUGGCGUCUCCUGCGCCGAGUUCCGCCGCGCGGGCGCCUGCAGCAAGGGCCAGCUCUGCCAGUUCUCCCACGGCGUGUUCGAAUUUUGGCUGCACCCGGCCAGGUACCGCACGCGCCCCUGCAAGGCCGGCAUGCAGUGCCAACGCAAGGUCUGCUUCUUCGCCCACACACCGGAGCAGCUGCGCCCGCUGGGCUGCGGUGGCUGUGGGUGCGGCGGGGACUGGCGGCCCCAGCGACGCUGCUGCGGAAGCUGCGUAGGCGCAGUGAGGGAGGAGCCGUCGCCAUCUUCCUCCUCGUCAUCUUUUGACAGGGACUGCGCCGACGUAACGGAGGACAUAAGAAGGCUGGAGAUCGCUGGUGACGACGUCGAACGUGGAGACGAGUCCGACUUACCAGACAUUGAUUGGAUCUGCGAAUUGGUGAAAUGA